UUGAAAGUACAUAAUACAUCUAAAAAAAUAUAGAAACACAUAUGUAUAAAUCGGUUCUCGGUUUAAUUUCGGUACGGUUCAGUUUGGUUCUUUCCCUCAAAAACCGUACCUAGCCCUACUAUUUCUAUUUCUAUCACCAUUGUGUUCUUAGAAGGUGCUUGUAACACAACAAAUUUAUCAAGAUCUUUGUACAAUGAAUUACAAUGGAGAGAAGCUUCGCAUUUACAUUAACUGGCAAUUGGGAUGGAAAUUCGCUUUAGAAAUUUGUUUCAGCGGAGUUUCACAAUCAAAAUUUGUAUGUAUGGUUAGUGGGAAUACACGGGGCCAUCGUUCGCUUCCAUUGGACCUGAAAUGCAUCCUCUGUAGUAGGUCCAGAGUUGAUUGCAUUUGUAAGUUUUCUUGCUAGAACUGUCUUGUUCAUAGAAGGCAAUGGAUCCAAUUACGGUUUCUUAUUCCUCAUCAUUCAGUCACAUGAGAAAUUGCAUUAGCUUACUACGGUUGGCUAUUUCUGCAGUCUCCCUAGAUUCACCAUAAGUACAUGCCGGCAAAGUUUCAGUACUAGCCAAUUCAUUUCAGUUCCGUACUAGCCAAUUCAUUUCAAAGUUUUUUUCAUUUGUGUGAAAUACAUGAAACUUGUAGCCCAUACCCUUUGUUUGGAAUGAGGGAAAUGGAGAGGAGAAAAUAAAUGAAAUUUGAUAUUCUUAAAAUCCUUGAUUGGACAUUAAAUUGAAGGGAGAGAAGAAGAGAAAGGGAGAGAGUCUGGGAAAAGGUAUUUCUCAACUCCUUAUAUUUGAUCCAAAAGAUUUCUGUCUAAAAGAGGAAUUGCCACUUGAUAGCCCCUUGGAAAUACUUGCAUGCUUAUAUAUAUCACUUGUAUGCAAAUACAAAUAUCAUUUCUCAUACUAAAUCUAUACAAACAUCAUAAAGGAAAUUAGAUCUUUUAUUUUCUCUUCAUUUUUCUUACUCAAAUUCUUUUGAUUUUCCCUGCACAAUUAAGAUACAAACAAAGGGGGAAAUUCUCUUGCAACAUUGAGUUAAUUUUCCCUGUAUCUGAAAAAUGAGAGGCCCAUUGCUCUCACCAUAUCGCUGCAAAUUUCAUUCUGCAACUCUUUCGCAAAAGUUGUGCGUAUGAAAGCCUCUGCAAGAUCCUUGGAUAUCCAGUUUAAUAUCAAAGAAGUCACCAUAAAGUCACCUUUCCUCUGGAUUUCAUAUUCAACAGAAUCUUCUUCUGGAACCCUAAUUGUACCAUCUACAAACCCCAACUUUUGUUUUGCAUCAUUGCCCUAUUCCAUGAUCGAUAGUUACCAUCGAUCAAAGAGGCCGUGACUAAAGCUCACACCUAGAUUGUCCGAGCUUUGCAAGCUCAACAAUCCUAUCCAGUGGCUAUAUUCACCAUCGUAGCUUGAUUCCGUGCAGGAACUUGCUCUGCUCUUUCCUUUAUGGCAAUAAUUUCUUAUACUAGGACUACAAAACCUAACCGUGGAAGUGAAGGGACAAAAAAAAAAAAAAAGAAAAAGCCCAUUUGAAAGCUAACUUUCCCACUCUUGAUACCAUGUGAGAAAGUCAACUUGAGCAGAGGAAAAGUGAAAGAAUCUUAUUCUCUUGUGCACUGAAGUACAUGUGAUAAGUCCUAUUUAUGCUCUGCCGACUAAUUAAACCAACUAAAAUAUAAUCUCUACGUCCUCCAAUGCACAACAAGCGCCUUGCCCCAGAUUGGGAGUCAUUGGGUGCCAAGCAUCCAUAAUCCUUCAGAAGGGCUUAGCUGGAUGCAGCCAACGAUCUAACAGGGGAGUUUUACCGACUGUUUCAUCUGGGGAUAGGUCUAUUAAGUUCAGUAGCUCAGUAAGCCAGUUCCUGACAAGUUCCUUAGCUUGCUUCUUCAACUCAUAAUGGAUUUGUAAUUUUUGGAUUUGCAAUAAUACAGUAUCUCUGAUUGUCAGAAUAAAAAAAAAAGUUGUACUAUUUUAAUUUCCAACAGGUUUUACUCAAAAUAAAACAACUUGUACUAUUUUACUUAAUAAUAUAUUAGCUAAUCUUAUGUAGAGAACUUGACCUUUUCAAGGUAGGUGUUUUUUAGGUCAGGUGGGAACCAGUUGAAAAAGUAAACCUUGUUUUGUCUUCGUUUCAAAUCUGAUAUGGGAAGUUUGAUAAAUGAUGAUUAUCCUAUCCAGCUUUCAAGUGCACCCUUCAUUGAUUUCUCAAUACUCUUGAACCAAGAUUCUCGGAUAAAGAAUGACGUCAUCAAAGAAAUUGGCAAAGCUUGUCAAGAUUUUGGUUUCUUCAGUAUCAUUAAUCAUGGGAUAGGUGAAUCAUUGAUAGAAGAUGUCAUGGACGCAAACUCAAGAUUUUUUGACAUGCCAAUAGAAGAGAAAAAGGAGCUGCUGUCUAAUGAUGUCUACAAGCCAGUAAGAUUUGAGACAUUUAUUCAGGAUGAUAAAGAAAAUGGGAAACUCACAAGGGAAUUUCUGAAGCUUUAUGCCCAUCCAAUAGGAGAUUGGAUAGGAUCUUGGCCUGGAAAUCCACCAGAUUACAGAUAUCUUAAAUUUUUAACGUUUUUCUUUUUAAAUUCGGUUUCAAUUAAGAUUCGAACUCGAGAUCCCACAAUUUUAAAGAUCAUUUCAAUUAGUACUUGCUUGUCUUUUAUACAUAAACUUCAAGAAUGGAAAAUUAUGCUAUUUUAAUUUCUGCCUAGGCAUAUUUUGAAUAGGACUAUUCUGUGGUAUUUUUAGAUCGAAUGAGCUACACAACAACGAAAGUAUAACUCCUACACUCUCACUCUUAUAUACUUUUUUCCACAAAGCCCUAAUCAUUUCUUCCCUUUAGAGGGAGACUUUUGCUACCUAUAUUACCUUGAGCCCACCUGCUUAUGAAACAGGGCAAACAUGAAAACAUACGCCAUAGAAAUGAGGGCAUUGAGCAGUCAAGUAUGUGGAGCUAUAAUGGAAAGUUUGAGCUUGAGUUCAACAUUUUGGCAAAACAAAAUUGAACAAGGAAUGCAGAUGAUGGGUAUAAACUGUUAUGAAUCAGCUUGUCAAUUGAACAACAUCUGGACAGGAAUAGCACCACAUACGGACCAUACUAUAUUCACUCUUCUUGUACAGAGCAGUCCUGGCCUCCAGGUGAUGAACCCUAGUGAUGGUUGUUGGAACGCUGCCCCAGGACCUAAAGGUUCCUUGCAUGUCCUAGUUGGGGACCACCUUCAGGUCCUUAGCAAUGGCAAAUACAAGAGUGUUAUACACCGAGCAGUACCUGGUUCAGAGGAAAGAAGGUUAUCUGUUGCCAGUUUCCAUAGCUUUGCAAUGGAUGAGGUGGUGGAGCCUGCAAUGGAAUUGGUGGACAAGGAGCAUCCAAACUACAAGGGAAGUAGUGUAAGGGACUACCUCAACUAUCUUUCCUCUAAAGAGUCAAAACCCUUCCUUGAAACUCUUAAAAUUGUAUCUUAAAUCUGCAAUUAAAUGUUAAUAGAAUAAUGGAUUGAAUAGAGGAGAAAAAGGAGCUUGUCUCUAAUGAUGUUUCCAGGCAAGCAACAUUUUGGGAUAAUGGGAAAUUUACAAGGGACUUUCUGAAGAUCUAUGUUAUAUGACACCAACUAGAAGAAUGAAUUGGAUAUUAACCUGAAAAUCCACAAAAUUACAAGCAGAUGAAUUACUUGUCUCCUUCAUCUCUUCAAUGCUGUUACUGAUCAAUAGCCAAAUGCAAGUAUGCAACCUCUGUAGGGGCGUUAUCAACUUUCUUUCUCAGAAAGUAUUUGUCUAUGCAUUAUGCAUGAUGAAUCCACAUAUUAAAAAAUUGAGAUCAUAUAUUUGUAUAUUGAGUUGAUAAUAAAUGCAGGUAAGUUUUUUUUUUUCUUCUUUCAAA